GCCUCUAUAUAUUACUGAACUCUGCCUAGCCUCCUUCCACAACCACCACCACAGCAUCUACUUGAUCUCCCUAUAUUGCUAACAACUAGCAAGCUAGAACACGCCAAGAUUAUAAAUGGCUCCUAAAGGUGACAAUGUUGUUGUGUCUAGUAUGAAGCUUGAGAAGUUGCUUUGCAUGAAGGGAGGCAAAGGAGAGGCAAGCUAUGCCAAUAACUCUCAAGCUCAGGCCUUACAUGCUCGAUCCAUGCUUCACCUUCUGGAAGAAACCCUAGAUAGGGUGCACCUAAACUCCCCAGAAUUCCCUUUCCAGGUGGCGGACUUAGGGUGCUCAUCUGGCAACAACACCAUCCACAUCAUUGAUGUCAUCAUCAAGCAUAUGAUCAAGCGAUUCGAGUCAUCCGGACUCGAGCCGCCGGAGUUCUCUGCUUUUUUCGCCGAUCUCCCUAGCAAUGACUUCAACACCCUUUUCCAGCUCCUCCCUCCCCCGGCCAAUUAUGGGGGUAGCAUGGAAGAGUGCCUAGCUGCUAGUGGCCAUCGAAACUAUUUUGCAGCUGGAGUUCCCGGCUCCUUUCACCGGAGGCUUUUUCCGGCAAGAUCAAUUGACGUUUUCCACUCGGCAUUUUCCUUGCACUGGCUCUCUCAGGUGCCGGAGUGUGUUCUAGAUAAGAGAUCAGCAGCAUAUAACAAGGGGAGGGUGUUUAUCCACAAUGCAAGCGAGUCCACAACAAAUGCAUACAAGAAACAGUUCCAAACAGACCUCGCCGGCUUCCUAAGUGCAAGAUCUCAAGAAAUGAAGAGCGGUGGGUCCAUGUUUCUUGUCUGCUUGGGCAGAACUUCUGCCGACCCCACAGACCAAGGUGGGGCUGGCCUCCUCUUCGGGACCCACUUUCAGGAUGCCUGGGAUGAUCUUGUCCAGGAGGGUCUGAUUACUAGCGAGAAGCGUGACAAUUUCAACAUUCCAGUGUAUGCACCAAGCCUCCAAGACUUCAAGGAAGUAGUGGAAGCCAAUGGCUCAUUUACCAUAGACAAGCUCGAGGUUUUCAAAGGAGGGAGCCCUCUGGUGGUUAACCAUCCUGACAACGAAGCUGAGGUCAGCCGGGCCAUGGCUAAUUCCUGCCGGAGUGUGGCCGGGGUCCUUGUUGAUGCCCACAUUGGUGAUGGGCUAAGCGAGGAGUUGUUCUUACGGGUGGAGCACCGAGCCAAAAGCCAUGCGAAAGAGCUUUUAGAGAAGCUGCAAUUCUUCCAUAUAGUUGCAUCUCUUUCUUUUGCUUGAGAACAAGGGCAAGAAAAGGAGGCAUUCGGAGAAAGAAAGGGGAGCCAGCAAAGGGUCUGCAGUUUCUUCCUCGACACUUUUCCAUCUUUUCUCCUCUUUCAUGUGAAGGUUUUUGUCAUUGUAUAUUAAAGAAAUAUCGUCAAACACACAAAAGAGGAGACAGAGACUUUGUUUCACUUUCCUUUCUCCCUCAAUUUGUGUGUUUUUGUGUGUGAUUACUGACUAUAGCUACCUUUAUACUUGAUGGGUGUUACGACUUUGUGUUCCCUUGAAUCCAAACUAGGUAAAUAAAGCUUGUAAAACGCUUCCUUUGGAGACCA